AUGGAGACCCAGGCGCACUCACCCACCGAACUGCCCGAUGAGACUAGGAGAGGUGACGUCUCGGAUCCAAUCACUCAAGACGGCAAUGCCGAGAAUACGCAGCCACAUUCAUCCUCAGCUGGACCCGACACCCGUACGAAUGAAACCACUUUAUCCAACUCGAAAGAAUCUUCCCCGGACGAAGAACUGUCCACGGACACCCCCACAAUUGAUAAUCAAGGCGAAAUUUACCCCGGAAUCCCUAGGGUCCUGCCCGAAACCGCUCCAGAGGCUGGCCCCGAUCACCCCAAGGUCAUAAGCAAAGAAUACCCAUCUUGCCCCCGAGGCUCUCACCCUAUGGUCUGCUGUGUCAAAACCAAGUUUGAGACGACAGGGACCCAGCAAAAUAACCUUCAACAACGGCGUGAUGGCGCCUUCCCACAGGAUAUCCAGGAAAACCCCGACAAGAAUGAGCCCGACCGCCUAGAACUUUUGUCGAUAGACUGA